ACGGGUGGGGGGCGGGAUGGGGGAGGGAAUUAGGGACUCGAGGUCGGUGGGGAAGAACGUAGGCUACUUAUCAUGUCCACUUCCCCUGAGCCCCAGAUGGUGCGGUCCCAGAGCUGGGACACUGGAGGAUCGGGUCGGAGGAUGAGAGCGAACACACUUGGAGGGAAUCCAGCUUGUGUGCUACAGCUGCUGGUCGUGGCUGCUGUUCGCAGCCCCACCAGCAGGUAACCGACGGAAGAGGAGUCGCUUAAAGGUGUAUGUUGCACCAUCCAUCAGAAUCAGUCGCUGGGUUUGUUGAGUAUCAGUGGCAGAUGGCAGAGUCUCCAUCGGGAGCUGAGAUAAUAAAGUAGAUACACCGAGGAUAUACAUAAGAAUAGGAAAGGAAAUGCAGUUUUCACGGAUCAUCUGAGGGGAGGCCUGCAUUUUUGGUGCUUCCAUAGUGUUGUGAUGUGGGGCGAGUGCUCUUCACUGUCUUCCUGGGUCUUAGUUCAUUAAGAAAUUAUUGAACAAAAAUGACUGAAAGAAUUUUAGAGAAGCUAAUAGCCUUGGAUGAAUAUUCAGAGAAGAUGAUGGAAAUGCAGGCACUGAAAUGUCGGAUGCAAAAUAUCAGUGUGAAGAAGAGUCUGGCCCUUCCCCUGACCUUUGAGUUCUACACUGGCUUUGAAAAGCCCUGCCCUAAAAUUAUUGCUUCAAAACUCAAAGAAUCCUUUCAAAAAGAACAACCUUUGGUAGAUGGUCAAAAGAUGGACAGCAAAGUAGCCAGUGGUCUGAAUGUAUGGAAGCCCAAAGUCCUAACUUCUGGAGUUUUGCCCAGAAAGUGUCUCUUUGGGAAGGCAAAUAUAAGACCCUAUUCUGUUCCAGGCAACCUGAAAUAUCACCCUCUAGUAGAGAAACUACAUCCUUCAGAAAUACCUGAAAAAUGGAAGAUGGUAAAGCCUUUUCUUAAUCCAAAAUACAAGGAUAAAACUGAGACAGGGCACAUUUUAUCAUGGGUCGGAGUACCUGAAUCAGCUACGUUACCAAUGAAAGAACCUGACUCGGGCACUGCAGAAUUUUCAACUCCAUAUUAUCAAUCCAGUCAUAAAGAAAAUGAAAAGAAAGGUCAAGAUUUACCAGGUAAAAAUAAAUUUCCCUGUCAGAAAUUUGUAACAAUCUCCGACCCAACUGAUAUUUUAACGAAGGAUGGCAUAAAAGUAAGGAAAAAACCAACUGCCCCAAAAGAUGCUACUUCUCUGGGAAAAAACAGAUGGUUCAGAGAUGUCUUUUCCCCUGGGCAUGAUGUAGAGAGCGAGACAACGCAUCUGAUACCUUUGAGCUUUGAGGAUGAAUUGAACAAGCCAAAUGCCAAGAUCAUCAGCCUCAGUCAAUCAAAGCAAGAUGUGUCUUCCCCGACGCUAAGUACCACCAAACCCAUAGUUUUUCAUGAUAUGGGAUAUAUACAAAUGUUUUUUUUGACCAGAAACAGGCAUUACCUGAAAAAUAAAGAAAAACCAACCAGUGCGAAAACAAAUCUUGUUUUGAAAAAGAACAAUGAAAUCAUAAAAUCCUUAAUCAGUGAUCCAUUGAGCUCCGCUUUCAAUGCAAAGGGAAGACUCUUGGAUGAAUGGCAAAUAGAUGCUGCCACAAAGCCUCCAAUGGCAGAAAACUUGGUAAAAGAAGACUCCCACAGGACAGAUGAUUUCUCAUCUGACCAAAUGCCUGGUGGGGACUUUCAGAGCCGCAAAGUGAGUCCAGAAUCGGAGCAGAGAUCUCAAGAUUCGGCUCCAGAUCCUUCCCAGUUUCGAUACUCUUCCAAUGCCAGACACAACAAGUACCUUCAGAACUUUCGCGUAGUCCGCAAGAAUAGCAGAAUGACUCACCUGGAUAACCUUUUGAGCAGAAAACCUCCUAAAGCAUCACCGGCAUUUAAAACCCUCAAUGAAGCCCGAAAUUUGGGAAAUAAACCCCAGACUCCUAGCACAUUCAAACAGAAAGAGAAGCCUCCAGGUUCGGCUUUUGAGUCAAAAGCCCCAGAGCCAGAGAGAGCGCAACAAGCCAUUAAAGAAGAUCAUGUGGAUUUCAAGGGGGGCAAACCCUUAUUUUUGACAUCUUUGGAAGAUAGCAAGAACUGGGGGAGUGAAAAAGCAGCACCAGGAUCGUCUUCACACCCGUUCAAUUCCACAAAACAAUGAGAAUCAGCAGUGGGGAAAGGCUGGAUACUUCCCAGAUGCCCGGCUCCUGGAGCCAAAAGGACAGCAUUGAUCAGCCAGCUCAUCACUGAUCAUCAAACAAGAAGGAAGAUUUCGCACUCAGUCAGUUUACCUAAAGGCUUUUAAAUGUGACUUAGAUAAAACCAGAUUUUGAACUUUGUGAAUAUAAAAUGACCUUGUUCAUUAGACCUCCAAGAGUGUUCAAAGAUGCUUUAUCAAUAAUGAAAUCAUCUUUUCGUUUACCUUUGG